GGUUGCGCGCCAAAAUUCGCUGGCCGUGGUCGCACACAAGGCGCGCGCACGUCGCACGUGAAUCUUCAAAAGUAUCGGCCAGAGUAUCGGCGCCAAGGAGUGGGAUAGUUUACAAUCUCCCUAGAAGAAUAGAUCCUUAUUACCUUGAAACAAUGCCUGGAGAAACAGGAUGUGUGUUGCGGUUUGUGAAGACGACGGCAAAUGCUUUUUCCCCUGUCAAGGGAUCGGUCAAAGCAGCUGGUUUCGAUUUGAGAAGUGCCUAUGACUACGAGAUUCCAGCACGGGGCAAGGAGCUCGUAAAGACGGACCUCCAAAUCCAGCUCCCCUCAGGUUGCUAUGGAAGAGUGGCACCACGCUCUGGACUUGCAUGGAAAAAUCACAUUGAUGUCGGAGCUGGUGUCAUUGAUGAAGAUUAUCGAGGAAAUGUUGGAGUGGUGAUGUUCAACCAUGGCGAAACCUCCUUUAAAGUAUGCAAGGGAGACAGGAUUGCCCAACUGAUUUGUGAAAGGAUUUUCUAUCCACAACUUGAAGAAUGCAAGGAACUGUCGGACACUGAACGGGGUGCAGGUGGCUUUGGAUCAACUGGAACCAACUAGUCAUCAGUGCUGCUGGGGUUAUUGAUUGAAUUUUACUGCAUUCUUGUUUGGAAUGGCAGUUCACUUUUAGUUUAAUGUCAUCAUGUACAACCAUCUUUUGGACUCGACUAUUUUAAAAUUAUUUUGAUCAUGUUAUGAUCUAGAUUUGUAGUCCUUAAAUGUUCCUCAACAAUUGAUUUAUCUGAUUUGUUCAUAAUGUCACAUUUGUUUUUAAGUUUUGUUUCAUUUCAGGUAUUUGUGUUCUGUGUCCUUGUCAUUAAAUUAUUUUUUUAAGAUAAAAA